CAUGUGUGACACUAUACAGAGGGCUUCAGGUAUGGAAACGGACACUGAUGGUCUGUUGUGGGUGCUUGAUGAAGGUAACAGCAACUGUCCGGGCAAACUUUGGAUAUUCAACCUUCUCAAGAACGACAAAACCGAGCGCGUUCACCAGUUCCCGCACUCAGUCAUCUCUCAUUCAAAUGAUGAUAGGUGGCUGAAUGAUAUCGUGCUUGACAAAACGCCAGACGAUUACCUCGCGUACAUCACGGUCUCUGAGUCUGAAAAAAUCAUAGUCUACAGCCGAAAAUUGGACAAAUCCUGGUCAGUUGAAACCCCAGGGAGACGUUGGAUUUCCUUGGCCCUGUCUCCUAUCAAGGAACCGAGACAGUUGUACCUUGGAAGAGCUUUUUCCGAAGAAAUGUACUCAGUGUCUGUGUCAGAGCUGAAGAAUGAAGGCGGAAGCGCUGCUGUCAAAUUCAUCGGCAAUUGGACUAAAUCACCCUGUAGAAUGUUAAUCGACUGCUCCAAUGUCUUGUAUGCCGCCUUUGCCCUCAAGACAUACCUCACCAAAUGGAAUAUUUCAGAGCCCUUUCGUGAGCAGCGGUUGUAUGAGGCCGAAGGAAUGGGUCAUACUCAUUGGCCAUUUACUUUUGACUUGGACGCGAACGGCUCUUUCUGGAUGAUGGAGCGAAAUUUAUCUGAGGGUUGGAGAAAGCCUAGGCAUAAACUACUCAAGGCUGAAGUCGGCGCAAAAUCGUAUAUAUUCUGCACGUCCACAGCCUUAACUACGCCUCAAGCCACCGCCUUUUCGUUCAACACAAUUUUGGUUUGGUUGCUCGUGUGUUGCUUGGUUUUGAGCGGAACUUUAAUUGCGUGGCUGACCCUGAAGAUGAGAAGAAUGCAAACCUCUUCGAGGCACAUUUCGAUGGACAACCUCGUUUUCCUGGGCAGCAAACAGUCUUCUACCGACUGAGAAUAUUGUAAAAUAAAUUGUGUUUUGCUAUUUACUUGUGGGUGAGUUAAAAAUAUGAUAGAGAGAUGAAAAAUAGACGAACGUAGCGCUAUCUAUGGUUUAUCGUCUUUUUUACCAGAAUAAUCUUUUAUUAAUUUGUGUUUCUCGAGUUAAAUAUAAAUAUGAAUAAUUACAUUUCAUAC